AUGUUUGCACAACAGCCAAAGGGGCCACCGUCUAAUCGAACUCAAACAACACUAACAAGCCAAAGUGAGGCUGCUGCUAAAGAAAAACUUGCUGGAUUUGUGUAUGAAUAUUUGGUGCAUAAUGGUGCGACAAAAACCGCCGAAUCAUUCAAAGGCGAAAUGUUAUCGCAAAAUAAUGCAUCGAAGCAAAUCAAUAUUGGUGACGCACCAGGAUUUUUGCAGAAUUGGUUCUUCCUAUUUUGGGAUUUAUACUCAGCAGCUCCAGAAAGGCGAGAUACAUGCGAAGCUUCACAAGAAGCUAAAGCUUUUCAUGAAUACGGGUUUAUGAAUGCAAGUCAUGGCGUUCCUCCAGGUCCUGCUGGCACACCAAUGAUGAAUGGUAUGCAUGGAUCUCAUCUGUUUCCGUCGGCAGCAGCUAGCCCUCUAGGUAUGGGACCUGGACCAGGGCCAGAUGGACUUAUGCCUGCUGGUUAUUAUCCCCCGCGAAGUGGGCAGCCGGGACCAUCAGGCGCAACUAGUCAGUCGUCACCCAUUUCAGGUGUACCUCCUUCUGGAAGUUUUGCUCCAGUUCCACCACGGUAUGCCAUGCCUUCAAGAAAUGGUCCGCCAGGCCCAGGUCCUAUGCCACCCGGUGCUGGUUUUCCAGGUGCAGGACCUCCUCAUAUGUUUGGUGAACAAAUGCGACCCAUGCAACCACAGCGACUACCUCCAAGUGCAGGCCCGAUGCGUAUGCCAACGGUACGUUUACAUCGUUUUAGAGCAAAUGUUUUAUGCUGUUCUGUAAAUUUGAGUUUUUCAAAUUCGUUUAAUUAA